CCUACUCGCUGGCUCCUCCUCGCGCGCCUGGCUCUUCCCCCCUCCCCUCCUCGUCCUCGCGCGCGCCUUCUUCGCCUGCCUGCCUUCCUCCUCCUCCUCUUCCUCCUCCUCCUCUUCCCCCUCCCCCCGCGGCUCUCCCUCUCCCCCCCUCCCCACCCGCCUCCCUGUCAGUGCGGUGGCUGCGCUGGGAAACAUGGCGUCGGAGGGGAUGAUUUUAACGAACCACGACCACCAAAUCCGCGUGGGGGUCCUCACAGUGAGUGACAGUUGCUUCAGGAAUCUUGCAGAAGAUCGUAGUGGAAUAAACCUCAAAGACCUUGUCCAAGAUCCUUCAUUGUUAGGUGGGACUGUAUCUGCAUACAAGAUAGUGCCAGAUGAAAUAGAUGAAAUUAAGGAGACGCUUAUAGACUGGUGUGAUGAAAAGGAACUAAACUUGAUUCUAACAACUGGAGGAACAGGGUUUGCACCAAGGGAUGUCACACCAGAGAAAUUCCCAACAUUCCCAUUUUGUGGGCUCCAGAGAGGGGCUACUAAAGAAGUAAUAGAACGAGAGGCCCCAGGGAUGGCCUUGGCAAUGCUGAUGGGAUCUCUUAAUGUUACACCUCUGGGCAUGCUCUCUAGACCUGUAUGUGGAAUCAGAGGGAAGACUCUCAUAAUUAAUCUCCCAGGUAGCAAGAAAGGGUCACAGGAAUGUUUUCAGUUUAUACUGCCAGCCCUACCUCAUGCCAUUGACCUUUUGCGGGAUGCCAUUGUAAAAGUAAAAGAGGUGCAUGAUGAACUUGAAGAUCUACCUUCACCGCCACCACCUCUUUCUCCUCCUCCAACCAUCAGCCCACACAAGCAAACAGAAGACAAAGGUGUACAGUGUGAGGAAGAGGAGGAAGAGAAAAAAGAUAGUGGAGUUGCUUCAACAGAGGAUAGUUCCUCCUCUCAUAUAACUGCUGCAGCCAUUGCAGCUAAGAAGCAUCCAUCCUACAUCGGUUCUGCUGCUUUCAUGGCAUAUGGUGAACAUCCCAUUCCUGGUCUCAUCUGUUAUUCCCAUCACUCAGCAGGCAGUGCAGGAGAACCGAUUCCAGAUUCCAUCAUAUCUCGUGGUGUUCAGGUGCUUCCACGAGACACAGCUUCACUUAGCACUACCCCUUCAGAAUCUCCUCGUGCCCAGGCCACUUCUCGCCUCUCCACUGCUUCCUGUCCAACACCAAAACAAAUUAGACGCCCGGAUGAAAGCAAAGGAGUUGCUAGUAGAGUUGGAUCCCUCAAACUCCAUCGAAAGCUGGAGGAGCUCAGAGAUCACCUAGAAGGAAAUGUGAAAGGAUGCUCUCUCCGAGUAAAUGCUCGGCUCCCUUCGUGCUCAUCCACCUAUAGUGUUUCUGAGCUUCACUAUAAAUUGGAAGGGCUUAAAGAUGAACUCAGAAGGAAUAGAGGCUACGACUUGAGAGUCCAAUCCAGGUGCAGCAGUAAGGAGAACAUCCUCAGAGCCAGUCAUAGUGCUGUAGACAUCACAAAGGUAGCAAGAAGACACCGUAUGUCUCCAUUUCCAUUGACAUCUAUGGACAAAGCCUUCAUCACAGUGCUGGAGAUGACCCCAGUGCUUGGAACAGAAAUAAUAAAUUAUCGAGAUGGAAUGGGCAGAGUCCUUGCUCAAGAAGUUUAUGCAAAAGACAACCUACCACCCUUCCCAGCUUCAGUAAAAGAUGGCUAUGCUGUCAGAGCUGCUGAUGGACCUGGGGAUCGUUUCAUCAUUGGGGAAUCCCAAGCUGGUGAGCAACCUACUCAGACAGUAAUGCCUGGUCAGGUAAUGCGAGUUACAACUGGUGCUCCAAUACCCUGUGGUGCUGAUGCUGUGGUGCAAGUGGAAGACACAGAACUCAUCAGGGAAUCAGAUGAUGGCACUGAAGAACUUGAGGUACGCAUUCUGGUGCAGGCUCGACCAGGUCAAGAUAUCAGACCUAUAGGACAUGACAUUAAAAGAGGUGAAUGCGUUCUGGCCAAGGGAACCCACAUGGGUCCAUCAGAGAUAGGCCUCCUAGCAACUGUUGGAGUAACAGAAGUGGAAGUUAACAAGUUUCCAGUAGUUGCAGUAAUGUCAACAGGGAAUGAACUAUUGAAUCCAGAAGAUGACCUCUUACCAGGAAAGAUCAGAGACAGUAAUCGUUCGACUCUUCUAGCAACAAUUCAAGAACAUGGAUAUCCAACAAUCAACUUAGGGAUUGUGGGAGAUAAUCCGGAUGAUUUACUAAAUGCCUUGAAUGAGGGAAUCAGUCGUGCUGAUGUCAUCAUUACAUCAGGGGGGGUGUCCAUGGGGGAAAAGGACUAUCUCAAACAGGUGCUGGAUAUUGAUCUUCAUGCUCAAAUUCACUUUGGCAGGGUUUUUAUGAAACCAGGGUUGCCAACUACCUUUGCAACUUUGGAUAAUGAUGGUAUACGAAAAAUAAUAUUUGCACUCCCAGGGAAUCCUGUAUCAGCUGUUGUUACCUGCAAUCUCUUUGUUGUCCCAGCACUGAGGAAGAUGCAGGGAAUCCUGGAUCCUCGUCCUACUAUCAUAAAAGCCAGGUUAUCAUGUGAUGUGAAAUUGGACCCUCGUCCAGAAUAUCAUCGGUGCAUACUGACUUGGCAUCACCAAGAACCACUGCCUUGGGCACAAAGUACAGGGAAUCAGAUGAGCAGUCGUCUGAUGAGUAUGCGCAGUGCCAAUGGACUGUUGAUGCUACCUCCAAAGACAGAGCAGUAUGUGGAACUUCAUAAGGGCGAGGUGGUUGACGUCAUGGUUAUUGGAAGACUAUGAUGUCAUCAGCAAGAGAGAAGUUUUGAUGCAUGUCCACAUAUCAUUGACUGUAUCCUGUAAUAUGCAACGGCACAGCUAGUUUUUCUGAUUUGGAUAAAAGUUGAUCAGUAUAGUCAACACCUUGAACUAUAUUUCAAAUGGAUUUAAAUAAAUACCUUUUAAAAAACUUUAAAAACAAAUCUUAAAGAAAUCUAUUCUGAUUAUAUCAAAGCAACUUUUUCCUUUCUUGCAAUUGCUUUGUGUGUUCAAUGCUAGUUCCAAUAGCGGUAGCUUUUAGUAGACAGCAGUAGGUGCCUGCAAAACUUGUGUUUUUUCUCAUCUUUAAGAUACAACUACUUAUGCUCUUAAAACAAGGCUGUCUGCUUAUUUAUACUAGUGUAGACAACACUUGGAUUUCCCUUAUUAGUAUGCUUCAUAACCGCUUCACAGAGAGCUUCUGCUUGUUCUUUAUCGUAUCUCGUGUUGAUGUGCACAGUGCCAAAAGCCGAGUGGUUGAACUGGGAACCCGACCAAGCCCCGAGGUUUUCCUCCCUUUGCUGCGCGUUCAGGGAUAUCUGUCAUCCCAGCAGCCACCCAGCUCAGUACUCUUGGGCAGUAACUGGAUACCUUUUGUUUAAACAAACAACAAAAAUUGCUUCCUUAAGUGCUGACAGCCUUUUUAACCAAUACAUUUAAAAAUGUACAGAAUUAAAAUCUAAAAAAAUCAAAGACUGAUCUUGUACAGAUAUUAGUGUUACCAGCAUUCAUGUGGAAUUUAAAGGAGAAAAGAGAUAAAACUAAUGUUAAACAACUCUGUACCAUAACAUUUUCUGUAAUGAUACUGAAACUUAAAUGAAUAAAAAAAUUCCUGGAUCAUUAUUUAAAA